AUGUGCCUACAAAACGGAGACACGUGGACUGCAUUCGUAGCGGCACCGUUGGGUCGCACGCUUGCACCGGCACCAGUGCUGGUGAGGUGUCGAACGGGGCUGUCGACUGGUGCAACGUCGCCGCGGUACGCUACCACUGGGCAGGCACACGACAACAACGCUCGCGUGUACGUUCGGGGUGGUGUACGCUUGAGAACUGGUUGGCGACAGAGCCACUGCUCGAUGCAUCAGGACGGCACAGACGCUUUUCGUGUUAUUCGUUCCGCUCGGGAGCUGCUCGAGGCACGAGGCUACGAGCCGUCGGAGUUCGGGCUCCGUCCCAGCGGUGAACCCCGGCGAGCGGUCGUCAUCGGCGCCGGGCUAGCAGGUCUCGCGACCGCCAUGGAGCUUGCCGACGUUGGCUUUGCGGUGGAUAUCUUCGAAACGCGCAACUUUUACGGAGGCAAGGUCGGUUCCUGGCAGGACAGAGACGGUAACCAUAUCGAAAUGGGACUGCAUGUCUUUUUCGGGUGCUACUACAACUUGUUUGCGAUCAUGCGUCAGCUGGGCGUUCUCGAUCAGCAUUUCCUUCCCAAAGAACAUCGCCAUAUCUUUGUGAACCGUGACGGGCGUCUGGCGGAGCUAGACUUUCGAUUUGGACCAGUGGGGGCACCCUGGAACGGCCUCAAGGCGUUCUUCACCACCGAGCAGCUGAACUUGAUCGAUAAACUGCGGAACGCGAUCGCGCUUGGCACAUCGCCCAUCAUUCGAGCACUGGUCGACUUUGACGGUGCGAUGGAACAAGUUCGAGAACUGGACGAAAUGAGUUUUACACAAUGGUUCAUGCGUCACGGUGGCAGUCGCGGCAGCAUUGAACGCUUGUGGAAUCCCAUUGCAUAUGCACUCGGCUUCAUCGACUGCGAUCAGAUCAGUGCUCGUUGUAUGCUGACGAUCUUUCAGCUUUUCGCUGUUCGGACGGAAGCGAGUCAGCUUCGGCUUCUGAUUGGCGCCCCGGUCCAGUACAUGCUCAAGCCCAUGCUAGAGUAUAUCAAGGCACGCGGCGGUCGCUUAUAUCUUCGACAGGGUGUUCGAAGUUUCAUCACCGAGUCGGAUGCGGAAACCGGCCAGGAACGCGUGGUAGGUGUACGAGUCCGUUCUGCUGCUUCGACAUCCGCCACGAAGAACCGGGCAGUGUCCAGCACGUACGUGCCAGCUGAUGUCGUGGUCGCUGCCCUAGACGUGCCCGGGAUGAAACGAUUGAUUCCAGACUCGUGGUGUGAGCAGUACGAAUACUUUGCCAAUAUCAAGCGUCUGGAGACGGUGCCUGUGAUCACAGUACAGUUACGCUUCAAUGGCUGGGUAACGGAGCUCGCAGACGGGUCCCUGCAUCGAGACGGCGACGCUCGCGGUCUGGAUAACUUGCUUUACAGCGCGGAUGCGGAUUUCUCCUGUUUCGCUGACCUUGCGGUAACGUCCCCCGCGGAUUACUACCGAGCUGGACAGGGCUCGCUUCUACAGUGUGUGAUUACGCCCGCCGAUCCCUAUUUGCACAUGGCGGAUGCAGCGAUUGUUGCCAAGGUUUGCAGCCAGGUCCAGGAGCUUUUCCCUAGUGCCCGCAACCUGCAAUGCAUCUGGAGCAACGUUGUUAAGUUAGGACAAAGCCUUUAUAGAGAGGCACCUGGCGCUGAGCGGUAUCGACCGACACAGCGAUCGCCGAUCGCGAACUUGUAUCUCGCGGGGAGCUACACCCAACAGGAUUAUAUUGAUUCACAGGAGGGGGCGGUGCGGAGCGGACGGCUCGCAGCCCAAGCGAUCGUCGAAGACCUGCUCACUGCCAUGAAACAGGGCAACGGGGCAACGCUGACCUAUGCCGCUGCACCGCCAAUGCAACGUUCUACGCUCUCGACGGAAGCGUCCUAG